AUGACUCUAGCCAAGGAGAUCCCUCAUCACCCAACCGGACUACAACUCAAGUCUUCAAUCAGCACUCCACGAGCAAAACUGAUCAUACACAAGGCAGGGCAAGCCCUUGUCAGGGAGCGCAUCGCCAACACCCGCCAUCAACUCCAUACCAUGGAGAAAGACAUCCAAACAUCAGAAGUAAACCUCUCCCAACUACUGGAACCGGCUGAUCUUCGGAAAUGCCAGGCCUUCAAAACCUCUACAGCUGGAAAAACUUUCCAGUCAACCCGACAGAAGCAGAUCGUCAAAUUUAACAAAUUUCUAGCUAACAGGCAAAAAUCAACCAACCAGACUACGCCAAUCAGCACCAAGGACACUGUUAUCAACCUCAGCAACCAUCUACUCACGGAAACCGAACACAAAGUCCUAUCGUUAGGUCUCAACUUCGCCUUGUCACCCAAGAAGAUCCCGUUCUCAGAAGUCAUUCAACAAGUAGAACCCAAACUGAGAUUCCUGAGCCGAACCGCAGCGGACCAAAUCCGUUUCCAAGUCACCCAAGCCCUAUCCACAGCUAAGCCACCACAACCCAACAUUAGCAAACCAGAACGAGCCGCUAUCAAAGAUCUACGCAGCAACCAGUCAAUACACAUUCUACAGGCAGACAAGGGCAACGCUACAGUACUUCUGAACAAAGGGGACUACAACAAUAAGAUCGGUGCGCUCCUCGAGACUCCGACUUACAAAAAACUAAAGAAAGAUCCCACACUAGUAACGGAAAGGAAACUUAACCAGCGACUCCUCUCUCUUCAAAGAACAGAAGUCAUAUCCAAGCCACUCUACUUCAAACUUCGCUCAUCUUCAGCUACCUGCCCCAUCCUGUUUGGCCAGCCGAAGAUACAUACACCUACCAUUCCACUUCGCCCCAUCAUUUCAACCCGAGGAUCACCUUGCUAUGACACAGCCAAACACCUGACCACGAUUCUCCAACCACUUGUAGUAAAAUCGCAGCACCACAUCAAUAACUCCAAGCAUUUCGUCGAUAUCCUCUCCAAGACCACCAUACACGAAUACAGACAUCAUUGCCAUUUUUUAUGUUGA